UUACUUCACUUGCUGUAAGCUGUAACUCAUAAUUUUACUUCUUUGUAAAAUUUCUAAGACAUCCUAGAUUCCUAGUACUAUAUAAAGAUUCAAACAUCCUCUUAACACUUCCUAGGUUGAGAAAAACCUCUUUUCAUUGCUUAAAAUUCUCCCAAGAAAUGAAGAUUACCUUCUUGUUAUGGCAUCCAUUCUUUCUGUUGUUUCUAGCUAAUGCAGGGGAUACCAUACAAGCUUUGACAUAUGACUAUUCAGCAACUACAGAGUGUUUAAAAGAAGCCUGGAAAGCUCAAUAUGGUGGAGGGAUCAUACAAAAUCCAGAAUUCGAUAAUGGUAUCGAACGAUGGACAAAUUUCGGACAUGGGAAUAUCAAAGAAAGGAUUACAAGCAAUGGGAACAAGUACAUUGUGGCCAUUAAUAGAACACAACCAUCUGAUGGCCCUUCUCAAAGGGUUCAGCUUAUAAAAGGCAAAUUAUAUGCAUUUUCAGCAUGGAUUCAAAUAAGUGAAGGCAGUGAAAUAAUAGCUGUUAAAUUUAGAAGCCCUACUGGUAAAUUUCUCCAUGGGGGUACUGUAAUUGCUGAGCAAGGGUGCUGGAGCAUGCUUAAAGGUGGCAUAGUUGCCACUUUUUCAGGCCCGGUUGAUUUAACUUUUGAGACCAAUAACACAAGUGUUGAAGUCUGGGUUGAUAAUGUAUCAUUACAACCAUUUACUAAGAAGCAAUGGAGAUUGCACCAAGAAACUACCAUUUCAAAGGUAAGAAAGCAAAAGGUAAAAUUCCAAGUGAGAAACAAAGAUAAUACUUCAUUAGCAGGAGCAACAAUUACAUUGAAGCAAAUAAAGUCAAGUUUUCCUAUAGGGUGUGAAAUAAACGAGUUUAUUCUAAACAACACAAAGUACAGAAAUUGGUUUGCCUCAAGAUUUUCAGUUACUGCAUUUGGGAAUGAAAUGAAAUGGUAUUUCACUGAAAAAAAGGCGGUAGGACGAGAAAAUUACACCAUUCCUGAUGCAAUGCUACAAUUUUGUGAGCAAAAUAACAUUGAUGUUAGAGGUCACAACAUAUUUUGGGAUGAUCCAAAGUACCAACCUACUUGGUUAACAACCAAAAUCGCCUCAAAGAAGUUGAAAAAAUUAGUCGAAAAGAGGCUAAAAUCGGUUGUUUCAAGGUAUAAAGGGAGAUUGAUUCAUUGGGAUGUUAUGAAUGAGAACUUGCAUUUUAGCUACUUUGAAGAUAAACUUGGUAAAAAUGCUUCAGCAGAGAUCUUUUCUAGGACAUACGAGCUUGAUCAAAAGCCGAUUUUGUUCAUGAAUGACUAUAAUACGAUAGAGGUUAGUGAAGAUGAAGCAUCAAUGCCUGCAAAAUAUGCAAGAAAGUUGAAGAACAUAGUGUCAUUUUAUAGAGAAAUGAAUGGUGGUAAUAAAAUCAUUCCUGUAGGAAUAGGGUUGGAAUCGCGGUUCGCUCCUGGGCAGCCUAAUUUUGCUUACAUGAGAGCAGGAAUGGACUAUUUAGCUUCAAUGGGAUUCCCUGUUUGGCUUACAGAAGUGUUUGUUGAUAAAGGGGAGAAUCAGGCACAAUACCUAGAGGAAGUUCUGAGAGAAGGAUACUCACAUCCUGCUGUUAAAGGGAUUGUGAUAUGGCCAACUUCGCCAUUUAGUAAGAAAUGCAAAAUGUGUUUGAUUGAUGUUGAUAAACAUUACAUGAACACACCAACUGGAGAUGUAAUUGAUAAGCUAAUCGCGGAAUUAUGGAGCUCGAAACCAUUGAACAUUUCAAGCAACGAACAAGGGUUUUCUGAAGUUGUGUUGCUUCUUGGAGAUUAUGAAGUCAUUGUUAAGUAUCCUGCAACAAAUUCUUGCACUAAGUUGAAGUUGAAAGUAACUGAAAAAUCAACCAACUUUGUGUAUGUUCAUGUACAUGGUAAUGUAUGUGUUCCCAAUGAUAAUGAUUAAGUAAAUGUAAUCACUAUUGCCAUUCAAAAGUAGAGGAAUUCAAUAUGGAUCUUCAAUCUUAAGUAUAUGAGAUUUAUUACCA